GUAAGUGCAGAUACUGGGUCUCUCUCUCUCUUUCUCUCUGUCUGUUUAAUUUGGGGGAAGUGCUUAGUCAACAGCAGAGGCUUUAAAUACAACAGAGUUUUUUGCCUGUGUUUAUAUGGGUCACAGGACAGAGUGAACAGAGUCCAGGCAGCAAGAGAGGGACAAUGAGCUGUUUCUCGUCGCUGUGGCUGUAUGCAGUCCUGCCCGGGUUGCUGUCGGCCGCACAUGUCAGUCUAAUGGUGGAGGGGGACAAUGACGCAUCCAGGAUCUGCAAACCCGCCCCCCGCUGGACGAUUAAGGGACAGGAGCCCAUGCAAGAGCUGCUGGGAGAUGUGGUUGUGGUGGCGCUACUGAAGGCCAGCUGACAGUUCUGUCUCACACAGGCCUCCAAAAUUGGAGGCCUGCGUGACAAGCUGAACCGCAGCAACCUGACAGACGUGUCAUUUAUGAUCGUGAAUGAGCGCGAGGCAAUGUCCAGGGCCAUGUACUGGGAGCUGAAGAGAAGAGCGGCCCCUGGAGUUCCUGUCUACCAGCAGGCCCCUCUUCAGGAUGAUGUGUGGGAGGCUCUGGAUGGAGACAAAGAUGACUUCCUGGUCUAUGAUAGGUGUGGUCUUCUCACCUUCCACAUAGUGCUGCCUUACAGUUUCCUGCACAACGUCUACGUAGAGGCAGCAAUCAGAGCCACUUAUCUUAAAAACAUCUGUAAUUGCACCGCUAACCAUACUUUAUCAAAUGGCAAGAACACCCUCAUGAAGAAUGAGACAACACAGUUUAAUAUCAGCAAGGCGACUACAAUACCUACAAGUUCACUUGACACUGAUGAUCCAGAGGUUGACAUAGCUCUUGGGGUGACUCAUAGAUCUCCUCAUCAUCAUCUUGAUCAUCGUGCUCAUAAUCAUCCUCAUCACCACCAACACCAUCACGGCAGUUCCCAGAACCAGUCCCAACAUCAGCGUAGUCAGAAUAAUACUUUUCAUCCUCAUCACAACCAUCCUGAGCAUCAUCAUGACCAUCAUCUUCAUCUUCAUCAUCAUUAUCAUCUUCAUCAUCAUCAUCAUCAUGACCAUCACCAUCUUCAGCAACCUGGCAACCACAGUGAUGACAGUGGGAUGGAAGAAGAAAACUAGGAGGCCAAAUUACGAGUGUUUUUACUUGCUUUUUUCUUCGUAUUUUUUCUUCUGGUGACAUGUUUUUAGUUAAGAGGCAGAACACGCAGGUAAACAGCUUUUCCUUCAGCAGUUGAAUCUGUUUUAGCAGUGAUCAGAUUUUGGUUUCUCUGCCAGCAGCUCCACACCUAGGUCCUGUGUAUGGAUGAUGUAGCCAAUGCCAGCCCGUCUUCUCCCAUUAAUGAAGUCUAUGGUGUUAAGCCUGCCUGCAGGAAGCUUUAGACGGAUGUGUGCGGAGAGAUUGGAUGUGUUGAUGGUUAUCUUGGCCACACAGAGUCAGAGGAUGUUGGGCACUGCUAUAGAGAAACCUCAGUCAGAUUUCUGCCCAAACAGUUUCCUUCUGGGUUCGGUUUCUGCUUCUAUGCUGUGCUAUUACAUCACUAUGUAAGUGUGGCUAUAGUGCAGUACUUUAUUAAUUGUACAAGCAUUGUUUUUACUACAUUAGAUUAGAAUAAUAAUCUUAUUAUCUACUACAUAUUAUAAACCACACCUGUAAAUGCAUUAUUUUUACUUUUACCAUAACAUUCUCCAUUUAAUCAUCAUAUUUGCUGUGGAUUUGAAGUAUUGUUUGUGUACUUCCACCUAAUUAACUGGGUGUAGAAGGAUUCUUGAGAUUGUUGUUCUCCAUUAAAGAAUAAGUAUAUAUCUAAAA